ACGUUGUACGAACAUUUCAUCGAUUUGAAAAUACAGUGGUGGCUAUUCGAUAGAUGGGAUGAUAUUGGCGAAUACCAUAGGGCAGGCCGAACUCCAGUAUUUGACUGUAAUUUAGCAACAUUAGGCAAAGAUAUGCAGGCUACUCUAGUAAAGAUCUUAAAGGAUAUGAUGAUGUUUAUUCUGAAGAGCAAAAUGUCUAAAAUCUAUUGUAGUCGACGUAAUGCACUG